UCCUGUCUAUAAGCCUACACUAACGUGCAACAAAUGCAACAGUAACCGAAGUCCGAGGAGAUGUACGUUGUGUAAAAAUCGUUCACUUAAAUUUGUAGGUAAGGUUCACGAAGCAACACAGACAACUGUUAAAACAAUGCAGGCAGCAGGCCUAGUGAAUCCGAACACGUCCUGGUUAAAUAGCAGAGGAGCGUGGUUGUUUUACAUACUGAUUAUCACAGUUGGGCACCUGAUCCUGCUUAGCUUCCCCUUUCUAAGUGUUGCAGCUGUUUGGACACUCACCAAUACGAUUCACAAUAUUGUUACAUUCACCGUCCUUCACACGCUAAAAGGCACACCAUGGAUGACAGCCGACCAGGGGAAGUCACGUCUGCAGACCCACUGGGAGCAAAUUGACUGCGGAACUCAGUUUACCUCGACACGAAAAUUCUUCACGGCCGUUCCCGUGGCUGUGUUCAUUCUUGCGAGUUUCUACACCAAGUACGACACAGUGCAUUUCUUCGUGAAUUCGUUGUCGCUGCUGUUUGUGCUGCUUCCGAAACUUCCGCAGUUCCACGGAGUCCGGCUUUUUGGAAUCAACAAGUACUAGGCUGCAGCUACUGAGCUGUUCUUCUCGUUGUUGUGUGUUCACGCGGUUCUUGUCAUCGGUUUGAAGCUUUGUGGGCAUUUUGCACAUUUUGAUCAUUUUGGGGAUAUUGGAUCUUAAUCCAGAAAUGUAGCUUAACAUCGAGUGUGGAGGCUAAGGGUUAGAGGUCAGUGCGUCAAAAAGCAUAUUAUGUUUUAAGCGAUUGUAAACUGCUCAGUGACGUGUAACUUGGCAAUGUGACACUGAUAUUUUCUCAUAUUGUCCAUGGCUAAAGUUCAAACUGUGAAAAGGCUAUGUAACAUUUGCAUACAGAAAUAUUAAUAUCUUUUGCAGACCUCUUGAUGACUCUUAAAACGUGAUGCGCCUAGAGCCCCAGAGUUACACAGUGACAGUUUUAUACACACGUGCUUGUCCCGCUUUCUACAAUUUUAUGUUCGGUUAUCCCACACUGACCUCAUUGAAAUAUCUCACAGAAAAAAAGGAAGACCUUUCGUGGUGUCCAUCCGAUUCUUCCGCUUUAUGACAGACCUCUAAGCUGGUCUACAGUAGUUAGCUAUGUGACAAUUCAAACGCGCUGAAGCACAAGUAUUUCAUCACAGGAGAGCGUUGUCGGUGAGGGCUGGUCUAAUCGCCAGCCGGGAGCGUAUUAAUUUUUGUUAUUGUACAGUUUGUAAUUUAAGGUCGGCGAGAGUGCAGACCAAACGGUAGAUUAGCGAGGGGGAUGCCCAGGAGAGCAGCCUGCUUCGCGGGGCAUUGAGGAGGUGAGGUGCGAUUCGUGAGACGCGCGUUCGAGCUUUGGAUGCUGGGCUGUCUGAAUAGACUCUUACGUGUAUGAUAUUAUGUGUGGGUGCGGGGAGCGGAGGGAGGGGGCGACACUUUGCGCACGCGCGCACGCUCGUCUUACCGUGGAACCAGGAAACUGUUGCUGGCCACUGGUGAUGGUUCCACGGUUUGAUCGCUCGUCAAUGGGUGGCGUGCUCGUGUGUGCCCCGAAACUGAGAUUUCACGCGUACAUUUCAGUAGCUAGCCGGACGCUUCGUGCAAAAUGCUUCCACUUGGCACAUUUAUUCUGCACGUUAGUGUUAGCUCAUCCUAGGUUUUGGUGCAUCACUGGGUUGUUUGAUGAGCCAGUCAGAAUGCUAAUUUUACAGUAGCGGGAGUGACACGAUGGUUGAUAAUGGAGCUUGAUUACAUUCUGAUUGCUGAGUUGGACACCUAGUGUGUUCACGUGUUAGUGUUAGAAUGAAUUAUCACAGGCUCUGGCUGCUUAAUUUUACUGAUUUUACUGCAUGGCCUCAUUUGUAGACAGAAUCGAUUGUGGCAUGUGAAAGUCGUUAAUAUAAAAGGCGGACAUGAAUGAAUUUGUCAUGAUGUCAUGUCAUGCAUCUGUAGAUUGUGUCCCAUCGGGUGUUUGAUAUCAUUUACCAUAUCUCAUUUGCUUUCUAAUGGUUCUGAAUUUCGUUUGAUAAUCCCACUCGUGUUGCCUGAAAGCUGGCAAUAGCACGCGCACUAGUUUGACCUUUGCCAGUUCUACCACAUACUGUGUGCUUGUUAGAGAUAGGUGUUUGACUUGUUGAAAUGGUGUGCGAGUUCAAUGCUUCCCAGUGUUGAUGCCAUUGCUUCUGAUGUCGUGAUGGCUGUAUGAAUGUUUCACUAAACUGAAACAUGAUGGAAGCUUUCUGUUUGAAACGCGACUGGAAACUUAUCGUAAGCAGGUGAGAUUUUUUAAACAGUUAGUUAAAACAUCACGUUAAUCAAAUAAGUGAUUUAAUCUCAGAUCUUGCUGAAAUUUGUUACAAGAGUUGUGUGAAUGACUUGUCUGUCAUCUGCUAUUAAAUCAAUCAAGAUGUAAUACGAUUUUUUUAACUAUUGGGUACUGGUACUCAUGUUGUACUUUGUGGUUUCAACUUGGUAAUAAAAAGUGUAAAAAUUA